AUGGGAGCACCAGACUGGAGGCUGGGAGGAGGGGAGAGGGACGGGGAGGAGAGGGAGGUGGCGGGUGGCAGAUCCCUGUGGCGUAGUGGAAGCACCGGGGGAAGCAGCUGGUUCAGUGGUGGCGAUGGUGGCUCGGCGCAACGUGAUGCGUGCGGGAGAUGCAGAAGACGACGCGACGGGGUCGGUGAGAGAGGGGAAGCCAACUACCUGAGGGGCGGCAGCAGAGGCGGCAACAGAGGCGUACGUGAGGGCGGGGGUAGUAGUGGGAGCUGUUGA